AUGCGUAUUUCAACCAUCAAACAGCGCAGCGUGCGCGAUGUACGCCGACGACGCAGGUCAAAGCCAAGUGCAAUUCCGAAGAGGUCGAACGAUACUCCCUCAAUUACACCGCAUUUUUCCGAGAGUUCUGAGAACGAUACGAUAGUCAUCGAUUGCAAAGCUGGUAUUGCGCAAAUCACAAUCGUCAACGGUGCGAAUAGCGAGACAGCAACCUAUGACUGUUCAUUGUCCGGGCAAAACACUAAGUCUGUCUCGUUUCAUCGGCUUGAUUUUGACGAGUCUGUACCACUUCGUCUUGAAGUCCUUGGCUGUAAUGGACGAGUCAGGAAAGUCGCAAAUGUCUGGCAAAUGGUAUGUCGGGAAUUUGUUCAAAUAUACCGCUCGAACAUCGUAUUACGCAAACAAUCAGCAGUAGGAACCUGCACGCGAUGCAUCGAUGAAAGCGAUGACGAUGACGACGCAAAGCUGGAAGGACACAAAUGGGCAGUCUUGCUCAACGAAAAGGGUCCGGAUGGUAAACUGAGCAGAGCAAAUACCAUCGACUUGCGUGUUGGUGCUAUUCUCGAUGGAGCAGUCAUCUACUAUGAAGAUGGACACAAGACACCCUGUGGGCUUCAUUAUACUCAGAGCGGCUCAGCACACUACUUUGGUGGUGGCAACUCGCAGAAGCUGCACAUCCCACCAGGCGUCGACAUCGUCAAAGUGGAAGUCAAGCUGUCAGGCUGGGAUCACAAGAUUUUAGGUGGUAUAAGCAUGACUUUGUCAGAUGGAACAAAAGCAGGAGCGCUGAACACGAGUUGGUUCACUGGUAGUAUCUUUGGGAGCAAAGACAUCAAGGUGUUGGAGGCUGGGCCAGGAGAGAAGAUUGUCGGGUUCUAUGGGAGCAGCUCUCACUACACCGAGGAGUUUGGCAUCAUCACAGCGCCUGAGGAUGUUGAUCUGCCGCCUCAAGCAUAUGACAUGCCACAGUUACAGAAUGUCCAGGCAAGAGAUUGGGCUAAGAACAAGUAG